GAUUUUUUUUUGGGGUCUUGGUCAAAAAGGUUAGGGUUUAAAAAGAAGUACGAUUGCCUUCUCAAAGAAGCGUAAUUCACCAUAAGAUUGCGCGUUUCCUAAGCACAUCUGGUUCAUCCUCUGGUGCAAGAGAAGAAGUACAGCUUUAUUUAAGUCCCAAGCGAUGGUGCUCUAAGAGGAGAAACGCACCGGGUAAGAACACCACGCCAAUUACCAGAAGUCACGAAGAUGCUCAUUUUUGUUCUGAGGUCUUUGGUUUGAUAACUCCAGGUUGAGGCGUGAAGGUGUAAUCCUUGGAUUGUAGUGCCUUUCGAGAGACUCGAACAUAGCCUGAUCUGCUUCAAGGUUGAGGUGUGAAGGUGAUCAUCCUGAUUGGACUGCCUUUGGGGACUCGGACACAACCUGAUCUGCUCAAAGCUAACUUGUUCUUGAACUCAAAACCCAUUGCAGUGAUUUUAUCUCUGCAUCGCUUCUUCAGCAGAAAAGCAUCACGCGUUUCACCUUUCCCCCCUCAGAUUGCCAUGGAUGCAGGGCAGAGUCAGAGAAAGAGGACGGAGAAAGAGAGCACUAAGGGAGCAUCUGCUCCUUCGUUCAUCUUUUCGAUACCCUCGGAAGUUGGUAGUGAUCAAUACGAUGUGUUCUUGAGCUUUAGAGGCUCAGAUACCCGUAAGGGAUUCACCGAUCACCUCUACCACAGUUUGGUCAAUGCAGGGAUUGUACGGAUAUCCGUGUUUAGGGAUGAGAGCAGCAUACCUGUUGGCGAGGAAUUUGGUUCACAAAUUAUUGAUGCCAUCACACGGUCUAAAAUUUCGAUCCCCAUCAUCUCCGAAAAUUAUGCAUCAAGCAAAUGGUGCCUCUGCGAGCUCAUUCAUAUCAUGGACUGCAAGAAAAGGAUGUCACACAUAGUCUUGCCCAUUUUUUACAAAGUGGCCCCAUCGGAUGUGCGGCAUCUACAAGGAAAUUUUGGGAAGGCUUUCCAUUCACGUCAAGAGCGUUUUGAUAAGAAGGAUAUCGAGGAAGGGCAACGAGCACUUAAAGAAGUGAGCGACUUAAAUGGAUGGGAAUCCGAGAAAAUUGCUAAUGGGCAUGAGGGAGAAUUGAUAAAUCUCGUGGUCGAAACUGUUCUAAGCAAGUUACGGAAAGAUUUUCAGCUAGAUGUUCCUAAGCAACUAGUUGGACUUGAUGGUCAUUUGAAGGAAAUUAUGAAUUGGAUAAACAAUCCUUCCGUCAAUGCUCGAAUGAUUGGAAUUUAUGGCAUGGGCGGGAUAGGCAAGACGACUCUUGCCAAGUGCAUCUACAAUCAACUCUCGAAUAAAUUUGUGCAUAGCUUUCUUCCAGAUGUCCGAGAAACUACCAGGCGCCACGGUAUUAAGUGUCUACAGAGUCAACUAAUAUUGGAUAUACUAAAGAGAAACAGUCAAGUGUCUAGAGUUGAUGAUGGAAUUAACAUAAUCAAAUCUGAAUUCAAAAGAAAAAAGGUUCUCAUUCUUCUGGAUGAUAUAGAUCACAAGGAUCAACUAGAUGCUUUGGCUAGAGAACGUAAUUGGUUUACAACCGGAAGUUUGAUCAUUGUCACAACGAGAUAUCGAGCCGUUCUUGAUCAAUCAGAAUUCGAGGUAGACUACAUGUAUGAACUGAAUGAAAUGGAUGGGGUGCACUCUUUGCUUUUAUUUAACAAACAUGCAUUUCGUAUGGAUCAUUCUUCGAAGGACUUCGAGCGUAUUUCUCGAGAUAUCAUAUCAACCAUGGGUGGGCUUCCCCUGGCUCUUAAGAUUAUAGGUUCAUACUUGUAUAGAAAAACAAAUCUAAAAGUGUGGCAAGAUAUGCUUAAGCAAUUAAAAAACCAACCACAUAGGGAUGUCCAGGGGAUACUGAAGAUAAGUUUUGAUGCAUUAGAACGAGGACAUCAGGAGAUCUUUCUCGAUAUUGCUUGUUUCUUCAUUGGCGAAGAGUGCAAAUUUGCUAUGUACAUGUGGGAAGAGUGUGGAUUUUAUGCAAGUCAAGGAAUUGAAGAGUUGAAACUGAGAUGCUUAAUAAAAAUUGGAGAUGAUGGUAAGUUGAGGAUGCAUGAUCAAUUGAGAGAUCUUGGAAGGAACAUUGUUUGCCAAGAAGGACCGCUUGAGAGACGUAGUAGAUUAUGGGACAACAAUGAAGCCUUCGCAAUACUAAUGGGAGGAAAGGGAACUGAAAGCGUCCAAGCAAUUCGUCUCGACGGAUGCUAUGACUACUCUCACAAGCUCAAGACAGACACAAGUGAACACUUUAAAAAGUUACGAAGUUUAAGAUUCCUUUGUUUGGGGAAGGUGACUUUAAGUGGAGAUUUUAACGAGCUGUUUUCUGAAUUAAGAUGGCUUCAAUUGUCUACCAUAGAACUAUUUUCAGCAACCAAUUUGCAUCUACCGAAUUUAGUGGUCUUGCGGUUGACGAGCAACUUGUUGAUAGCAGAGGAUUGGAGAGGAUGGAGCUCAAUUAUGAUGGCAGAGCGGCUGAAAGUUCUCAAUCUUCAUGGCUGCCUUAAUUUAAGAUGUACUCCUGAUCUCUCGGCUUUCAUAAAGUUGGAGAUUCUCAUCUUGACAUACUGUUCCAAAUUGAAGCAAGUCCACCCUUCUAUUGGCAAAGUCAAGAGUCUUGUUUCCCUGAACUUGGGUAACUGUUACAAUCUCGAGGAGCUGCCCGAGGAAGUGGGCGAGUUAGAAGAACUAAAAGAACUUAAUGUGGGUUGUACUUGUAUUACAAAGAUUCCUAUGUCAAUCGGUUCUCUAAGGAAGCUAGAGAAACUAAUCGCCUUCAAUUGUUCCUCACCGAGAGAAAUCUCUAACUCAAUUGGCAGUCUUUCUUCUCUCCAACACCUUGACCUAAAUUAUUGUGACACAUUGAGAGAAAUCCCUAGCUCAAUUAGGAAUCUUUCUUCUCUCCAACACCUUGACCUAUCUUGUUGUAAGUCAUUAAGAGAAAUCUCCAGCUCAAUUGGGAAUCUUUCUUCUCUCCAACACCUUGACCUAUCUUGGUGUAAGUCAUUGAGAGAAAUCUCUAACUCAAUUGGCAGUCUUUCUUCUCUCCAACACCUUAACCUAAAUCAUUGUGAGUCAUUGAGAGAAAUACCUAGCUCAAUUGGGAAUCUUUCUUCUCUCCAACACCUUGACCUACCUUAUUGUAAGUCAUUGAGAGAAAUUCCCAGCUCAAUUGGGAAUCUUUCUUCUCUCCAAUACCUUGACCUAAGCCAUUGCGAGUCAUUGAGAGAAAUCCCAAGCUCAAUUGGGGAUUUGCAGAAUUUGCAACAUCUGGACAUUAGUUAUUCUGCGAUCGAAAAGUUACCUAGUGAAAUCGGUGACUUGUUUUCGCUCAAGAUUUUCAAAAUCAGUGGCACAUCGAUAUCUAACCUGCCAGAAAGCAUUCAAAAUAUUUUUUCUCUCCAACAACACCUUGAACUAAAUGACUGCAAAGAGCUCUGGUUGCUGCCAGAGCUUCCUUUCGUAACACAUCUUUUUGUCAAAUAUCCCAAUCCCAAGAUCCUUCAAACUAUCUAUUGA